UCUUAACGUCAACGCGUCCGCGCCGGCCGAAAGCACGCCCUCGGUGUCCGUGGGCUCGCGUUUAUGCCUUAGGUGCCUUUUCCCCCUCGCGGUGUUGUGGCGUGUGGGGUCUUUUUUUCCAGACUCCCGGGGCCUGCUUUGGGCUUUCGCGAUGUACCACAACAGUAGCCAGAAGCGGCACUGGACUUUCGCCAGUGAGGAGCAGCUGGCGCGACUGCGGGCGGACGCCAACCGCAAAUUCAAAUGCAAAGCGGUGGCCAACGGGAAGGUUCUUCCAAAUGAUCCAGUCUUUCUUGAGCCUCAUGAAGAAAUGGUGCUUUGCAAAUACUAUGAGAAGAGAUUAUUAGAAUUCUGUUCGGUGUUUAAGCCAGCAAUGCCAAGAUCUGUUGUGGGUACAGCUUGUAUGUAUUUCAAGCGUUUCUAUCUUAAUAACUCAGUAAUGGAAUAUCACCCCCGGAUAAUAAUGCUCACUUGUGCAUUUUUGGCCUGCAAAGUAGAUGAAUUCAAUGUAUCUAGUCCACAGUUCGUUGGAAAUCUGCGGGAGAGUCCUCUUGGACAAGAAAAGGCACUUGAACAGAUUUUGGAAUAUGAACUACUACUUAUACAGCAACUUAAUUUCCACCUUAUUGUCCACAAUCCAUAUAGACCGUUUGAGGGCUUUCUCAUUGAUUUAAAGACUCGCUAUCCCAUGAUGGAGAAUCCAGAGAUGUUGAGGAAAACAGCUGAUGACUUUCUUAAUAGAAUUGCAUUGACGGAUGCUUACCUUUUAUACACACCUUCCCAGAUUGCCCUGACUGCCAUUUUAUCUAGUGCCUCUCGAGCAGGAAUUACUAUGGAAAGUUAUUUGUCAGAAAGUCUGAUGCUGAAAGAGAACAGAACUGGCUUGUCACAGUUACUAGAUAUAAUGAAAAGUAUGAGAAACUUGGUAAAAAAAUAUGAGCCACCCAGAUCUGAAGAAGUUGCUGUUCUGAAACAGAAGCUGGAGAGAUGUCACUCUGCUGAGCUUGCCCUUAAUGUAAUUACGAAGAAGAGGAAAGGCUAUGAAGAUGAUGAUUAUGUCUCUAAGAAACCCAAACAUGAAGAGGUAUGUUCUCCAAAGGAAGAAUGGACUGACGAUGACCUGGUAGAUUCUCUCUAACCAUUUGAAAUAGACUUUCCAGUGCUAACUAAUCAACAGAAGGAUGAAGUAUCUGGCAUUUAACUUUGUUGAAAAAAGAAAUAAUGUGAAAGCAUCAAAUAUAUUAAACUUUUAUAUUUGUUAUUUAAUUUUUUUUUCCUUUCUCUCAGGCUAGCUUUAUGUGAAAUAAAACCCCUGAAAAGAGCCAGAAUAGCACCUGGUUUAGAUAGUCUUGCCCCAUCAUGACUAUACCAAAUCAGUCUUUUUGCAGUAGCCAAAGCUGUAAUUUAUUUGCCUUUAGUGUUUUAAACAAAAUAAAAGCAGCAAACUUUUUUUUUUUUUUUUUUUAAGGGAAAGCACCAAAAAAGGUCACAAAAAAAUUAAACCAAGUAAUCACCUUUAAACCUGCUAGGGAAUGUCUAGAAACCUUUAUAAAUGCCUUCUCAGAUGUCAUCGUAGUAUACUUAGCUUUCUUAUAUAUACUCCUGUACCUCACCUGUCAAAUGCUUCAACUGAAACUAAAAGCUAGUUACUCAGGGUAGUAAUAAUCAGUAUUUGUUGUCCUCAGUUACCUGAAAACACUACCAAGUAAGUUCUAAAGAAGAAAUCAAAUAAACACACAGUCUUGAGUAGUGGUCUAGAUAAAAAAUUAAGUUGCUGUAGGUCUGCAGAUAGUCGAGAAUUGUACAUUCGGUGUCAAAACUAACACAUUCCCUCAGGUGAAUCGAUAUAAAUAGGUGUUAUGGUUAUUAACCUAUCAAGUGAAAUAUGUUCAAGACAUUGAAUUCAGAUUGAAGUGAGUUGAUUAAAAAAAAAUAAGUGCAGACUACGGUACUUGAUCUUGGUUAUCUAUUUCAUUUCAUGAUUCUGGUCAAGUUCUAAAGCUCUCUGUGUCCAUUUCCCGAGGUACAAAUGGGGCAAAUAAUGCGUACUUUUCCCCGGUCUAAUGGGAAUAGUGCUUGCAUAUACUAAGUGUUGCACAUUGUAGCAUUUGUCCAGGUAUUUAACUGUGAUCUUACUUGGUUUCUAAGUUGCAACCAAAUUGUGAUUUGUUCAAUUGUUUCUAGAAAACUGGGUUACAGGAAUUCUGUGAAACUCUGUAAAUCUGAGUUUGAUGGAUACACAGCUGUCCUCAGUGUCUGUUCAUCCCAGGCUGCACUUGCCAUUAGAGUGUAGGUACCAUUUUAAUUCCAUCUCACUAUGUGAGGGCAAUAUUUACUGUAUGCACCUUCUAAUAAUUCUUUAUGUUUGAAGUUUUUGGUUUUAGUUUCUUCUCAUUGUGGGAUGAGGAAUGAAAUUCAUGAAGUGUGAUUUUACAAACAUGGACUGGAAGAAGCCAAAGUUAACAAUCUUCCAGAGCUAUCCAAGUUAAGUAGCAGUGCUGCUAGCCUCUAGACAGCAUUGUGAAGUGUUCAUACUUUAUCUUGUUUCCCUUUUAAGUCCCUAAGCUUUAGUAUCAGAGCAAGGUCCACAUUUAUUUCUGAAAAGUCUCCUAGCCAGCCCCAUUAAAAAAGUCUGAGGUUUUAUUUCAUCUUUGACCUAAAUAGUUACUAUAAGGAGUACAAAGGUAAAUGACACGUCUUCUAUUCCACCUCAAGA